AUGAGUAGCUACCAGUUCGUGAAUAUGUACCCCAACCCCAGCGGGGCGAGGGAGCAGGCUACCGCGGGCCGAGAACCUACCGGUCCUGAAGGCUACUACCAGUUUUACCAAGCUGGUAAUGGUGGUGGCCAGGCGCAAUACUAUCGAGGACAAGAACGGACAGACCCCGAUGAUGUGACGACGGAUACAGAGGAUAAAAAAUAUAUCAGUGACAAGUUCUGUGACAAAUUCAGCGACAAUAAGUUCCAGGCAUCACCUCAAGACCUUUCGGCGUCAUCGACGCAAAGCCCUAGCAGCCCUGAAACCAGAUCACCGUCACCGGGAUUGACGCCUGGCGAAGAGCGCAAGUUUCCGGGCAAUGCCAAUUCGCAACCCCCGCAAAUUUACCCUUGGAUGCGGAAGGUGCACGUUGGCCAAAAUGGUGUGAACAGCAUGGGUGAGACAAAGCGCCAGAGGACCUCAUACACCCGCUAUCAAACUUUGGAACUCGAGAAGGAGUUCCAUUUCAACAGGUAUCUCACCAGAAGACGAAGGAUUGAAAUCGCCCACGCACUUUGCCUCUCCGAACGCCAGAUCAAGAUUUGGUUUCAGAAUCGGCGCAUGAAAUGGAAGAAGGAACACCGGCUCGCGAAUACCGUCCCAGCCCAGAUAGGCCAUCCAAUGGCUCUUAUGGGAUCGGCGGGACUUCCUCAGCACUCUUCUCUGCCGCCGUCCCAUCUUGUGAGUUUCUCCGGUUCAAGUUCAUCGAGCAAUGCUGCAGUGAUGGGAAUCGCUCCUCAGGCGCAUCAACAGACUCCCAAAAAUUGGAACCAAGGCCCACCGCAAUUAUUACCGUUUUGA